CUCCUCCUCUUCUUCUUACUCCCUCCUCCUCCUCUUCUUCUUACUCCCACCUACUCUUCCUUCCUCGCCCUCUUCAUCCUCUCAAACUCUCUCCAACACACACUUUGGACUUUCACGGAAAGACGACCACCCUCUACCAAUAGACUUCAAUUCUCCCAAAAUCACAGUCUGUUCGAUCGCGCCGCCCAAAAUGGCUUCCAGACCUGAGAACAUUGGCAUCAAGGCCAUCGAAAUUUACUUCCCCAACCAGUAUGUCGAGCAAACCGAGCUUGAGACUUUCGAUGGCGUCAGCGCCGGCAAGUACACCAUCGGUCUUGGCCAGACCAAGAUGGCCUUCUGCGACGACCGCGAGGACAUCUACUCCUUCGCUUUGACCGUCACCUCCAACCUGAUCAAGAAGUACAACAUUGACACCAACUCCAUUGGUCGCCUCGAAGUCGGCACUGAGACUCUCCUGGACAAGUCCAAGUCCGUUAAGACUGUGCUCAUGCAGCUCUUCGGCGAAAACACCAACAUUGAGGGCGUCGACACCGUCAACGCCUGCUACGGAGGUACCAACGCCUUCCUUAACUCCGUCAACUGGAUCGAGUCUUCCGCCUGGGAUGGCCGUGAUGCCAUUGUCGUCGCUGGUGACAUUGCCCUCUACGCUAAGGGUAACGCCCGCCCCACUGGAGGCGCUGGCGCAGUCGCCAUGCUUGUUGGCCCCAACGCUCCCGUUGUUCUGGAGCCUGGUCUGCGUGGUACCUACAUGUCCCACGUUUACGAUUUCUACAAGCCCGACCUCACCAGCGAGUACCCCUACGUCGAUGGUCACUACUCUUUGACCUGCUACACCAAGGCUCUGGAUGCCGCUUACCGCGAGUACAACAAGCGUGAGGCCAAGCUCUCCAAGGCUGCCAACGGCCACGCCAACGGCAACGGAGCCACCAACGGAGAGUCCAAGAUCCCCAAAACCAGCCUUGACAGAUUCGACUACUUCUCCUUCCACGCCCCCAACUGCAAGCUCGUCGCCAAGUCGUACGCGCGCCUGCUUUACCACGACUACCUCGCCGAUGCCGACUCACCCGUCUUCGCCGAGGUCGCCCCCGAGCUCCGCGACAUGGACUACGAAAAGUCGUUGACCGACAAGGUCGUCGAGAAGACCUUCAUGGGUCUCACCAAGAAGAAGUACCAGGAGAGAGUCGCUCCCGGUGCCCAGGUCGCCACUCUCCUCGGCAACAUGUACUGCGGUUCCGUUUGGGGCGGUAUUGCCAGUUUGCUCUCCUACGUGGACGCUGCCACUCUCAAGGACAAGCGCGUUGGUGUUUUCAGCUACGGCUCCGGUCUGGCUGCCAGCUUCCUGUCUUUCCGCAUCAACGGAGACGUCACUCCUCUCGCCAAGGUUCUCGACAUUCCCGCCAGACUCGAGGCCCGCACCAAGCUUGCCCCCGAGACCUACGAGGCUUUCUGCGACCUCCGCCACCAGGCUCACCUGCAGAAGGACUUCACCCCCAAGGGUGACGCCUCCACCAUCACCCCCGGUACAUACUACCUGGAGAAGGUCAACGACAAGUUCCAGCGUUCCUACAGCGUCAAGGCAUGAAACCGAAAAUGACUUUUUUGAUCUUGAAAUUGCGAAACAAAUAGAGGUGGCUGCAUAGAUCUUGCGACAUCAUGAUAACUGAAGGAGCAUGGCCAGCAUUACGUAGUUUAAUCAGAGGAGGAAAUACAGAGACGCCGCCGGCCACGACAGACGGAGAUUCUGUCGUGAGAGAGGAAUCGGCGCUUGGAAUGCACCUCGCAAUGGGGGCAUCGUAUAUACCGGGCCAGAUAGCCGUAUUUGAGCGUCCCUUUGGACGAAUGAAGCUGGAAGAAUAGACGAAUGAAUUGAAUCAUGCCACAUCACUCUCCGAUUCUCAUGUGGCUC